AAUGAGAAUAUAUUUCAAUGAUAUAUUUUUUAAUUUAGGUAUUUAAAAUAUUAUUUUUAUUUCGUAGAAAGUCAACACGAUAUAAAAUCAUGUUAUUGUCAUGUCCUAACUAAAGACAUAGGUAAUGAUGGGGUUUAGAAUGAUGGUUCGAGAAGUGUACUUUUAGUAGAUUGGGACUGCAAAAUUGCAUAUAUCAGUCCGAUAGUCCAAAUCCUUAUUUGGGGUUGUUUGAGUGAUAAGUCUUCUUCCUUAUUCCAAUUAUGUUGCUUUCAUACAUUAUGUUUUUAAAUAACUUCCUUCUUGCAGACCAUAUCAUAAUGGACGCUAGAGGACGCGAGCCCAUAUAUCAGUCCCAUAGUCCAAAUCUUGUAGGUUCGACUGCUAUCGAGGUCGCUGCUAUUGAGGUUGCCAGUGGAGAUAUUGAUUCCACAGCUGGAAACCAAGCUCCUUGGGCUGUUCUGACGCUUGUGUUGUGCUCUCUGCAUUGCUUGUCGUACAUUACUGUCCGCGGUCUGUUUGGAGUGUGUUAGCUGACUUGUGUGCAUGGCCUGCAUUGAGAAGUUGGUUGUUACUAAGCAGUCAUUGUGAUAUAUGCCUCUCCAUGGUGAUCAAUUAGCCAAUCACACAUAUUUUUCUGUGUGUGAAUGCUCAAUGGAUCCUAAUUAUAGGCCUAGUCAAGUGGAUGAGGACACUAAUCAGAUCACGUGCUCUGCCAUUUGCUGGUUCAGACUUGGUUCUAAGCCCUUCACAGUGGAGCAGGCAUGUUGUUGGCAAAAUUAGCUCUUGGAUUGACUUGGAGUCUGAAGAUGCGACACUCUGGAAGGAUUCUGAAAUUGCAUUGAAACAAGAAUUAGCCUGGGCUUCUCAUCUCUCUUUGCAGGCUUGUCUGCCUACACCUAAGGGAACCUCUUGCACUAAUUAUGCAAAAUGUUUGAAUAAGAUUUUGCAGAACUUAGGCAGCAUGCAGUUGUGGCUUAGGAUUCCAGUGGAGAAGUCUGAGAAUGACGAAGAGGCCAGGAACCCAGAAUAUAUGGGUGAAGGGCAUACUGAUUCAUGGGAAUUAUGGAAUUCCUUGCGAUUUCUUUGUGAACACCAUAGCCGGCUUGCAGUUGCACUUGAUAUUUUGUACUCAUUACCUUCAGCUUCUUCAGUUGGAUGAUGGUUUGGUGAACCUGUUCGGGCAGCCAUAGUAAAUACAAAUUCUUUUCUAACAAAUGCACGGGGCUAUCCUUGUCUGUCGAAGCGCCACCAAAGAACUGCAUUUUUCGAUCACUCAAUUCAGAUGGAUCCUAAUUAUAAGCCGAUGUGAAGGAGGCCCAUGCAAAACAAAUGGGGAGCUUCAAAAGGCAUGAUAUAUGAUGAUGUUGAUAUCCAGAAAACGCAAGGAAGAAGAAAAUUUCUGCUGUCAAUUCACUAGAACAUCUUGCAGCAGAUGAAUAAAAAUUUGAGUAAGUUCAAAGAUUUGUAGGCUCCAACCCACGAAGCAUAUACAAUGUACAUUUGAUGCAGCCAGACUUUUCAAUGGAUGUCAGAAAGACACUGAAACUCAUUCCCUCUCUACCAAAAACAGAGAGGAAAAACAAAAGAAAUUGGGAAUGUUACCAAAUCAAAAAUCAACAAUGGAACUAGGUAUAAUCAGCUCUGAACCUUUUCUGAGGAUGUUUGAAAUUCUCAAUGUCAUUCAAAGGAGCUCCAUAGUCUAGGCCAGAGGCAUUGUCUGGGUCCUGAAAGGUCAUAGGUAAGGAAUUUAAGAUGGAGAACUAUGCUGUCAAUUAGCAGCAUAAGAAACAAAACCACUGGCUAGGACAUAAUAACUCUGGACAUAUAACAGAGGAAACCUUAUCGACAGCAAGAUAAAAACUCUGCAGGAAACUGACUAAUUAAGAAGCAUAUACAAAUAACACAGAAGCAACCUUCACAACUCAACUACAACCACAAUGAGCAUCUAAUGAACAACUCGUUAGAAGAGACAUCCAAACCAUGAUACACAA